CCCGGCACCGCCCGGCCGCCAGUGUGUGCGCGGCACUGCCCGCCAUGGACGUGGAUGAGUCGCUAGUGGCGGUGGGCGAGUUCGGCUGCUACCAGAAGCAGCUGACCUGCACCUUCGUCCUCUUGCAGAUUUACGUGGCUUGUCAAUCAAUGCUGAUUGUGCUGGUGGGAGUACAGCCUGACUAUAAGAUAAUCACACCGGAAGUUCCCAGUACACAUGAAGAACUAAUAAAACAUGUCGUAUUUGAGGAAGAUUUGACUUCAAUUGCAACAGAGUGGUACUUAAUCAGACAAGAAGCAUACAAAGUGAACUUGGCUGGAUCCUUGUUUUUCUUGGGCCUGCUCCUUGGUAACAUCUUAUUUGGACCAUUGUCUGACCGAUUUGGCAGGAAACCAACCUUCCUUAUAGGCUUAUUCCUUGACGUCGUGUUUGGAUUCAUUUCAGCGAUCGCUCCUAAUUAUGAAACCUUUGCCUUGACACGGCUUCUUGUCGGCAUUAUGAAUGGUGGAAUGUCUCUGGUGGCUUUUGUACUAACGCAGGAAUUUGUGGGAAAAUCCUACUGGGCUUUGACAGGAUCACUUACCAAUUUGGUGUUUGCUGUUGGAAUUGCAGCUUUCUCUGUUAUUGGUUAUUACAUCAGGGAUUGGCGUGUUCUCAUUGCUGCGGCCAAUUGUCCUGGAGUUCUGUUUAUCUUCCUUUUCAUUACAGUUCCAGAAUCACCACGGUGGUUGUACUCUCAGGGGAGGACUAAGGAAGCGGAGGAGGUACUGCAAAAUAUUGCACACAGGAAUGGAAAUGAGAAGAUUUUUAUUCAACUGAAACCCUGUGCAAGAAGAAAGAAAAUUGGUCAACCUGCUCAUGGAUUUAUGGAGCUGGUGAGACAUCCCAUAUUGCGGUGGAGAAGUAUCAUCUUGAUGUAUGUAUGGUAUGUUUGCAGUCUUGUGUAUUACGGCCUGAUAUUGAAUGCUGGUGAACUGAAGGGCAACCGCUAUCUCAACAUCGCCAUGAAUGGUCUUGUGGAAUUGCCAGCAUUCCCCUUGUGCCUUUACUUCAUUAAUAAACCCUGGGCAGGGAGGCGUAAGACAAUGGCGGCAUUCCUGGUGUUUGCAGGGAUUGCCUGUAUAAGUACCCUAUUCCUGCCUGGGAAGCAAGACCUUGACACGGGGUUCUUGGUGGACGUCACCUCAUUAGCUCUGUGUGGAAAGCUGGCUGUCAGUGCCGCCUUUAACAUUGUAUAUGUUUUUACAGCAGAACUGUAUCCCACCGUGAUCAGGAAUGCGGGACUGGGAAUCUGUUCAAUGUCAUGCAGGGUUGGUGGGAUUCUGGCUCCUUUCGUACCAUCACUGAAAUCUUUAAAUCCAUCGAUGCCAUUUAUUGUCUUUGGGAUUGCUGGGCUGUCAGGAGGAUUUCUGAGUCUCCUUCUCCCAGAAACGUUAAACAAGCCAAUUGCAGAGUCCAUAGAAGAUCUUAAUUCUCCCGACUAUCAGAGGCUCGAAGACAAAAGGAAAAAAAGACCGCAACCACAGGAGGACACUGAGUCAUGAAGGCUGUAAGCCUAGAAAAGAACCAUUGGGACUGAAACGAUGCCUCUUGUGGAAAAUAUUUUGAGAAAAACCGCACAUGUACAGUAUGUGGACUCUGGAAGAUACCACGGGAGGUUAUAUAUUCAGUCCAGAAGAACUUUUGAAAGUCACCUCUUUAUGAUUAGUUGGCUAUUCUUCAUGACAAUUCAUUGUUAAGGGAGGACUUCCUUAAGCAAGAGAGAUUUACCUCAGUUAUUUAUUUAAUAGCGUUUGUUGGGUAACAAGUUAGGAAUAUUUUUGUGGCAUUUCUAAUUGUACAGUUUUGCAAGUAUUUUUACUUGUGAGCUGGAAUUUAUAAGUUUAAUAAUAUUGAGUAUUAGUUGUCGGAGUAAUAUGGUCUCAAAGUUUAUUUUUUACAUUGAGAGUAUUUGUAAAGUCCCCGGGAGAUAAGUAUCAACCUUAAAUGUAGAAUAUAAAUUGAAAACCUUGAGAGCUCAGCUCUAUUAACCUUUAAAUACAAAUUACAUUAUGACCGAAAGAUAUACAAUUGGGGUUGUAUGUACUGAGCAUACUUUAUGCUCACUCUACCUUGAAGGCUCCUAUUUAGAUGCUUAAGAUUUCUGAACAAGUAUAAUAUUAUCAAUUCUUUUCCAUCUUUUCUGUUUUUCUCCCACCUUGCACUUCUGAAUUAAGAACGCUGAAAUGUAGUUUAUAGGAAAAUUUUGUAUUGCAAGUAUAAUAGAUAUCUGUAUUUUAUUAAUUCCUCUGUCUUUUGGAUCUGCGAUUCAAAUGGCUUGCGUUGUAAUAUUGACAUUCUUGCACAAUUUUCUACAAACUCAUAACGUAAAUCUGCAAAAUAUUGAUGGAUAUGGAGAGGUCAACUGUACUUUACCUCUAUUCUCCCCUGAUCAACUUGUGUUCUUACACUUUGCCUUCACUGAACAGUAUACCAACGUUUGAUGACUUUUUAUGUGUUCCUUUCAAUCUUGAAUGUGUUUUAGCAUCUUUUCCGAGGGUUGACAUUUCAUGUGCAAUAUUACCAUAGAAAUAUAUGUUGGUGGUUUUAUGCUUAACAACAUAUUACUGCUUUUGAAAGACCAUCCCAACUCAGGAUACUAUUCAUUUUUGACUUAUCAGGAUACAUUAACAUUUGUCAGCCCCAUAGACUGUGACUUGAUUGUUGUUCUGAUGUUCAUAUACAAACAGCUUGGGUCGGUCCCCUACCAGAAGCUUGCUUGUAAGAGCACCACUGACAAUAACCAGCAGUUGUGCACUUAUAAGUAUCUCGAGAUUGAAAACCAUUCAAAUGUCCAUUGAAAUAUCCUUCUCGAAUGGAAAACCCAUUCAAUUCUCAACAAAAUUAAUCCUCGAUCAAGGAACAACAUGAAUGGUGGAGUAGACUUGAUGGGCCAAAUGGCAUAAUUCUACUCCUAUGCCUUAUGACCCAAAGCUGGCAGAUGAAUUCCGUGGCAAUGAAAAGAAACCUAGAUACUGGAUCCUGUAGGGCACAUAUACAUAGAGGUCUGGCGCACUCAUGCCAAUGUUGGAGCGAGAUUCCGAGGAUUAAUGCAGGUAAAAUAAUGUUUUUCAUUUUUAAAAGAUU